CCCAACCGCCGGGUGACCUCUUUCUUUAUCUCUCAUGUCCACAAUUUUACCACUGUCAAAAGAUGUUUCGUCUGAAAACGUUGGAAACACCACGAUUGUGAAUCAACACUCUAUCUACAGGUGGAGAGAAGAAGAGAUGGAGAAGGUGAACGAGCGUAAGUUUUCCCUGGCGUCCCAUGGUGCCUCUGUACUCUCCGGCUUUAGAGAACUGUACCGGACAGAGCUGCUGAGUGACGUGUGUCUGGUCGCAGAAAAACGGGAGUUCAGAUCGCACAAGACACUCCUCGCCGCCUGCUGUCCCUACUUCAGAUCCAUGUUUUCCAUAGACCUGAGAGAAAAGGAGGAGACGACGAUUGAAAUGCACGGCACGACCGCUAGAGGGCUUGCCGCCAUACUAGACUUUCUGUACAGCGGAGAUCUCACGUUGAACGACGAGAAUAAGGAGGACGUGUUGUCGACUGCUUGCUAUCUCCAAGUGGAUGCGGUGAUCGACAUGUGCUGCUCUUAUCUAAGGGAGAACAUCCACAUGAAAAACUGCAUCGGGAUCUGGAACCUGGCGUGCGCGCUCAACCUGCACGAGCUGAAGGACUUCGCGGAGAACCACGUGACCAACAACCUGAUCGAAGCGUCGCAAUCGGACGACUUUUUGGAGCUGUCCUGCGAUCAGCUGAUCGUCUUACUCUCAAACGACUGGGUGAAGGCGACGGACCGAGAGCUGUGUGAGAUGUCGGACAAAUGGGUAGCCAGAGAUCCUAAGAGAAGCGAGUACCUGGAUGAAAUUUCCAGCAUCCUGAACAUUGACAGUAUCCCGGCAGAGGACAACUUUGGUAUCCCGGCAACAAGGCCGCUCGGAGGUGAGCACGCUGCCAGGCGACACGAUUCAGUGGAAACUACUACAAGAGAAUCUACGAUCUGCCGGUCAUCGAGAGAAGUGGUUCUGGCGGUGGGAGGCAGGCUGAUGUAUAACGAGCGACCCGCGGUGCAGAGGACAUGCGUCAGCUUCUGUGACGUCAGGUCGCCCGAGGGAGACAAGCCGUGGUACGAGAUGACGCAGAUCCCCAUCAGGAGGAGGAACUACUGCGCAGCCGUCCUGGACGACGAGAUUUACGUCGUCGGCGGGCGGGAGUGGGACAAAGAGGCGCGCGGCUACGACCGCUGGUCCGCUAAUGCGUUCUGUUACAACCUGAGGACAGCAAAAUGGCGGGAAGUUUCGAGCUUGUCGACGAAAAGGAGCUGCUUCUCUAUGGACGCGAUCGAGGGGAACCUCUUCGCCGUCGGAGGGGACGAAGACCAUGAGGACACCAGCAUUCUGUCCUCGGUUGAACGGUUUGAUCCCAUACAGAACCUGUGGUGGCCCUGCUCGGAAAUUCCCGACGGUCGCCGCUGCCAGGCCUCCUGCGUUUACAACAAUCGUCUGUACGUGUCGGGCGGGUGGAUCAAACGCACGGAGGCCGCCUUCUCUCUGACACUGAACGUGAACAUGUCCUGCGUCCCGACCAUGUCGGCAACGGUCUACUGCUACGAGCCGCUCACGGACAUGUGGUCGGAGAGGAGCGCCAUGCACGUGGCCAGGUUCUCCCAUGCCAUGGAGGUGUACAGCGGCAGGAUCUUCGCCAUAGGAGGCUACACGUCGCUCUCGCGGACCCAUAACGAGCCGCUGGACGUUGUGGAGUGCUACAGUCCGGAGCAGGACCAGUGGAGCUUCAUAGAGCCUCUCAGAGUACCGGCUGGCAUGUGCAGCGCCGUGGUCGUGGAGGGAAAAAUCACCGUCCUCGGGGGUGACCAGAGUACCUUUUCUGGUGAGAUGAAUUACGUCAGCAAAGUUCAAGUGUACGACGAGUCGGCCCGUGAGUGGACCGUGAGUAACACCCUCCGGUACCCCGGCCCCGUGCCCGCGCACAAGAUGAUGGUUCCCGGCUCCUUCAUAGAGCCGUUCAGGGUGGAGAAACAUCUAGCUGACCAAGUGGGGCCCAUCGGAGGAGCCAGUCGGACGUUUUGAUGACACUCUUUACACUUCAUCCAUACACAGAUGGUUUUUCACCUCGGUGAAAACAUAACCACGACGUUUCUGCAGUACAUUGCUGAUGUACAACGCCGUGUGUGAUGUGUCAAAUUAUCAUGAUUAUACUGAACCUCUCAACAUUAUGAGCAGAUACACGUAGUGCACUGUGGUUGUAAUGAAGGGUUACGAUCAUUUGUAGUUACAUGUAAUUCUUUCUGAAUAUACUUUAAACGUUUGUGUGAGUGCGCGUUCGAACUUCGAGCGUGGGUUUGUGCGUGCGUUUGUGAGUGUGUGAGUGUGUGUGUGUGAUUUCUUACUGAAAGUUUACUACUCCUAAGCGUUUAGAAAUUAAAAUCCAGUGAAUACAAAAGCUAUGCAAUACAAUGUGUGCAAUGUGUCAAAUUAUCAGUGUACCCCGUACUGUUAUCUCUAAGCCUUUGGGAAGAACGGGUAUUAAGAUGUCUAAGGUCUAAUGUUAUCAUAAAUAAAUCAU